UGCUGCUGCUGCUGCCCAGCACAAUCGACUUAUGCUUUAAGCGGGAACAAAAGGAGGAGGAGAUUCACCUCUAUGGUUCAAAACGAUCAGCAUUUAAGAAGAAUCACCAGCAGGGCAGAAUCUGACCUCCAGUGAGCCUUUUCCCUCCAAGGUCUGGAAAGUCCGAAGUCAGAUAUGGCUGAGGGGAAUCACACACUGAAGAUGGACUUUGUUUUGACCGGAUUUACUGAUAAGCCAGGACUGCAGCUCUUCCUGUUUGUGGUGUUGUUGGUAAUCUAUACGAUAACCAUUAUGGGGAACCUUGGGCUGGUGACGCUGAUUUGGCUGGAACCUCGGCUUCACACUCCCAUGUACUAUUUCCUUGGCAAUCUGGGCCUUACGGACGCUUGCUGCUCCUGCUCCAUUAUGCCCAAAGUGCUGAUGAACAUUGCCACUGGAAACAAAGUCAUUUCCUUCUCUGAAUGCAAGCAUAAGAAACAAGGAAGUAAUAAGUGUCCUGAGGAAAAUUAUGAAGAGGAAAAUAUUUUUCAAGUGACCUGUAGAGACAGAAACUAUGCAGUUUCUAUGUUCAGACAGAAUUCAGCUUGGAGUGGUGCUCAACUCUAAUUCCUUUACCACCAAACAGGAUGCAUAUUAAACCACUUCAGAAGGGAGUCAUCCUCUUUUGUUCUUAAAAAUAUGACAGUACAUCCUCCAGUAUUCAAAAUGGUCCACUUCUUGUGAUAACCAAGCAUAAUCUCUCUUUGGAAUCUUUAACACUGAAUAAAAACUGUAUUCACAUUGUGAUAAUGCGUUAAGAGCUCAAAAAUUGUAUUCUCGGUUGUUUUACC